AACACCUCAGAGUGAGAGGGUUUUCGACAUGGGUGUCCCACACUUCAGAUGUCCCCAGAGGUCCUGGUCCACACUGGCAUUGGAGGGAAGUCCUGAGGUGGGAGGCAGAAAGUUGUCUCUUUUCCUUCUCUGGUCACCUUUGGGCAGGUCUCUGAGGUCACUUGGCUUUGGAGUUUUCCUCCAUUCUUUCUGCUUAGAGGCGGAUGACCUCUGACCAUCUGUGGGUUUGAGGUUCUUCUUCUGUGAACUGCCAAGAUCUCGUGCUUCUCCCCACAAUGUCUCUUGUGACCUGGUUCGGUCCCCACAGUCCUCUUCUCUGCUCACACAGGAAGCUCGGGAAGCCUCUGCCUCAGAGAUGCUGCUGCUGCCGCUCCUGCUGCCACUACCCCUACUGUGGGUAGGGGCCCUCACUGAGGAUGCAGGAUUCCGGCUGGAGGUGCCAGAGUCUGUGAGGGUGCAAGAGGGUCUGUGCGUCUUUGUGCAUUGUUCAGUCUUCUACAUACAGUAUGGCUGGAAAGAUUCUACUCCUGCUUAUGGGUACUGGUUCCGGGAAGGGGUCAGUGUAGACCAGGACACUCCAGUGGCCACAAACAACUCAACUCAAGAAGUGUGGAAGGAGACCCAGGGCCGAUUCCACCUCCUCGGUGACCCUGGGAGGAACAACUGCUCCCUGAGCAUCAGAGACGCCAGGAGGAAGGACAAUGGUUCAUACUUCUUUCGGGUGGAGAGAGGAAGAAUAAAAUUUAGUUACAAAUAUCCCCAGCUCUCUGUGCAUGUGACAGCCCUGACCCACAAGCCUGACAUCCUCAUUCCGGAGUUCCUGAAGUCUGGCCACCCCAGCAACCUGACCUGCUCUGUGCCCUGGGCCUGUGAGCAAGGAACACCCCCCAUCUUCUCCUGGAUGUCAGCUGCCACCACCUCCCUGGGCCCCAGGACUUUCCACUCCUCGGUGCUCAUCAUCACCCCACGGCCCCAGGACCACGGCACCAACCUCACCUGUCGGGUGAUGUUCCCUGGAGCUGGUGUGGCCACAGAGAGAAUCAUCCAGCUCAGUGUCUCUUAUCCUAAAAUGAACCCAGCGAUUGAAGUCUCCCUAGAAGAUGGCACAGGGAAAUCAGGAACCAUAGCAGAGGUGGUUGUUUUGGCUGUGGGAGUAGUGGCUAUGAAGAUCCUGCUUCUCUGCCUCUGCCUUAUCAUCCUCAGUGUCAAUUUCUACAAGAAGGCAGCAGUGAGGGCAGUAGAAGUCCAGGAGAAUGUAUACACUGUCAUGGAUUAAUCUCUCAGGGUUGGAGACCGCUAGAGAAGAAAAGUGAGAAAAAUUUGAUUUCCUUUCUUCCUCAGGACAGAGGAAGAUCCUGGACAUGGGAGCAUGAAGGGAAGGUCCAGACAUGGAAACUCCAUGAUCAUUAUCUCCUAUACCUCUCUCUUCUCUCCUAACCCACCUCUGCACAUCAGAGAAACUCUUUGCUGAUUUGGCCCUGCCAUUCACAGAAAAACAAAAGAACUUCUGUUUACUCCCAUACCUGGCUUCCAAAACUAUUCCCUAUACUUGUGAGUAAGCAAAGCAGGGAGAAGGAAGAUACAUAUAUAGAUAUAUGUGUACACACACACAUACACACACACACACACACAUAUAUUUUAUAAUGCUUUAGUUACUGAAAUUAAAGAAUUACUUUAUGCAAGAUUCUGCUACUUGUGUGUUUACCUUUCUGCAGAUUUGGUAAGGCUGCCAAUCAAUACAUAUUUAUCACCUACUGUGUACAAGGCAAGUCCAUGGUACUUGUGAGAGUUAAACAUCUUUGCCUUCAGGGACUCACUUUCCAUAGUGGGACUUCAGUGCACUGUGAGGAAACUUAUCCUCUCACCUGCUCCCUGCCUAUCUCCAAUCUAUUCUCCACAGGGAAGGCAGAGUCAAUUCUAAAAAUCCACUUUUCUCCUCCUUUCAGUAGCUCCCAGUCACCGAAAUGGGAACAGCAGAAAUCCUUAAGAUGAGUCCAGGGUGUUACAUGGGCUUUCUUAUUUAGCCCAGGUAGGGAGCCUGUUUCUAUCGUCUAGAACAGACCACAAACCAAAAAGUAAAUGCAUGCACAGACACAAACCCAAAUUUCUUCAUUUAUUCUAUCAAAGGAUAGUUUUCAAAAAAAGGGGUAAAACCAUGACUUUCAUAAAGAUAUAAAAUUGACACGUUAAAGAUUUUUAUCUAACUCAUUAUUAAUGAGGAAACCAGGAAGAGUUCAAGGAAGCACCAAUUUAUAUGAAGUAAAGGAAUGUGGAAAUAGAUUGUGGAUGCAUAUAAAACCAAACCAGCUUGCUACAGGGACUCACAUGAACCUCCAGCAGAAGCA